GUCUUCAACAAUGAUUCUUUCGUCCCUCGCCGCAUCACGCAGUCGCCCACGCUGGCUUUUGUUUGUAUAAAUCAGAAUCAAAGAGUAUAUCUACACGUCAACCUAGGAUGGCGGCAGAACAGAGAAAGCUGCUUGAGCAGCUCAUGGGAGCUGAUCAGCUUAUGGGCGUUGGGGCAGGAUCUCGCAAUUCACAACUCACCAUUACCGAUCCGAAGGUCUGCCGAUCAUACCUCGUGGGCACAUGUCCCCACGACCAAUUCAUCAACACAAAACAAGACAUGGGCCCUUGUCCGAAGGUUCAUAGCGAAGGCUUGAAAGCGGAAUACGAUGCUGCUUCACCAGCGGAGAAGGCGAAAUGGGGAUUCGAUUACGACUAUCUACGCGACAUGCAGAAGUACAUAGAUGAGUGCGAUAGGCGCAUUGAUGGUGCCCAGCGACGGCUGGAAAAGACUCCCGAUGAAAUAAUGCAAACAAACAAACUGUUGAAACAAAUAUCCGAACUCACAAGAACUAUAAACUCCGGUCUUCUUGAAGUGUCUGUGAUGGGCGAGAUGGGCUCGAUAUCACUUGCAAUGAACGAACUCUUCAAAAUUCGGACAGCAAAACAUCAGAAAGAAGCCUGUGAGCGUGAGUUGAAACUACUAUCAGAUACCUCAGGGCCGUCUGGCCAUCAAAAGCUACAGGUCUGCGACGUGUGUGGUGCAUAUCUAAGCCGUCUGGAUAAUGAUCGCCGAUUGGCAGAUCACUUUUACGGGAAAAUGCAUAUGGGUUACUCUGAUAUGCGUAAAACCUUCAAGAGGCUCAGUGAAGAGUUAAAAGGGCGGGCGCCACCAUCAAGACAUGAUGAUGGAUAUGGUGAUGAUGGCAGCUGGGGCGGACGUGGAGGAGGCGGAGGCGGCGGUAGAGGCUACGGACGGUCUGGUGGUGGUGGCUACAGAAAGAAGGGAGGCGGUAGAUGGUAGAUUUAGGUGUCUAUUUAGACAUCUGAUCUCCUUAAUGACCCCAUGUUCUACAUAUCUUCCUUUCAAAUGUUGCAUAGCGCAGGCGUUCCACAAAACCACAACCUAUCAAUCCAUCACUUUCAUACCUUGGUAUGUUACGUGUAUUCUUGAAACUGUCCUUUAGCAAAUUCUAUAUGUAAUAAUGUAUAGGCUAGACUUCCCUUGCUACGGAAAAAAAAGACAUGUUUGCCCUGUAACUUUAA